AUGCCGACAUCUGAUAUCAACUCGGGACAGAGCCCUACUCCGGACGUCUCACUGGCGAAGCGAAAGAUUGCUGCUCUGACGGAUGAAAUUGAAAUCUUGAAGCAGGACAAGGCAAUAAAGCAAAGGAAGACAACCUAUUACAUUUCACAGGGACGGGCCAUCCGUCGUAUUGUUGCCCUUUACACCCCUAUAGAGGAUUUGAUCACCGAAAACGACAGGCGGCAAGACCGUCUCCAACGCGGUUACAUCGAGCUCGCCAAGGCACUACUGUGGCUUCACAAUAAGCUAGCAUGCCUUGAUCACGAGGAGUCAGAGGACAUGCUCAGAAAGCUCAAGCGAGGUGCAGACUCUGCUCGUGGCGACGACACGGGAACCCUUAAGGAGCUUGUUGCUUCAUGGGUGAAUAUCGAGUGCCAUCCGACCACACUCAUCAGGACUAGUGCUGCCGUGGUCCGGUUCGGUCCGGUUCAGAGGGUCUUAGAUGAGAACCAAGAACCGGACCAUCGGUUCGGUUCUGCAAAAUGUCCGAACCCAGAACCGGACCAUAGAGAACCGUUCUCUAUGGUCCGGUUCAGUUUUUUCGGGGUUCGAACCCGAACCGAACCAAAAAAACAAAAAACUGUAAGAGCACGCAAAAAACAUUGA